UGGCUGAUAUUGCUUAAUGGCAUUGGAGUCUCCCUAAGCAGAUCUUCUAAGGCUGUGUAUAUAGUUUGAUCAGCUUUCUAUAAGGACGCUGUUUGAAUAACAUCAAAUGGGAAAAAUCAAAUAAGAAAGCACUUGGUCCCAUUAAUCUUACUGAAAAGGAUGUUGAGGUUGCAUUGCUACCAUGGAUUCCAUGAGAGGUCAUGAAGGGAUUCAGAUGCUACUAACUGCAGAACAGGAGGCUCAACAAAUUGUUACUGCUGCUAGAAACUUGAGGACAACAAGGUUAAGGCAAGCUAAAGAAGAAGCCGAGAAAGAUGCAGGCCAUUAUCGCUCCAACAUGGAAUCUGAGUACCAAAAGAGAGUUGGUGAGACAAGUGGGAACUCUGGCUUCACCGCGGAACGGCUUGCAGAGGAAACUGACGUAAAGAUUCGAAACCUGAAGAAGUCAGCCUCUAAGGUCCAGUCAGAUAUUGUUGACAUGCUCAUCAAGUACACCACAGCCGCAAAGUAUUGAUGCUUGAAGGUUACUGUGGAGCUUUAAUUGUGAUUUUCACAGGUUAAGAGAGAACUAGUAGAGUAGCCUGCAGCAAAGAAGAAGCAUAGCUGGCCAACUAUUUCUAAUAAGAGUUGCUCUUCUUUCAUUUUCAGUAUUCCAUUUAAGCAUGUUUUUGGUCAUCACCAAUGUCAUUUGAGGAAUAUUUAUUCUGAAUGUUUUGAUGUUCUUUCUAAAUGAAUCUGGAUGCGGAAAUCAGUUUGUAAGAGUUUUGGAUGCCGCGGAUAAGACAUUCAGGAAUUUGAAGUGGGAAAAUUGAGAGAAA